GAGUGACAAUCUGGGCAUAAGCGUAAUAGCCUGUGUCACCUUACGAGUGGCAGGAAGGGCUUGGGGAGUUAAAACACGAUUUGAAAUUAAAAAGGAAAUAAGAGGAAUACUCAUCAAAAUCACGAUGGCAACUCCUUCCAGUAGCGCGGAGGAUGUUAAAAACAGGGAUGUUAAGUCGCGGAAGGAUGACACAGAAGACGGGCAGCCUGAAGCCAAGAGAGUAAAACUGGGAACCAGCGAGGGAAGCACAAGCCUUUUGGAGAUGGAACGCCUGUGUGGCAGCAGGAAUGGCAGCUGCGCGAAACUGCAGGUUCAAACGGCGUCAGCAUCGAUGGCAACUGGCGACAAGAAAGCUGUAGCCGACAUUUCAGCUGCGACUGAUGUUAAGGCUUCGGGAAUUCAUCCUACAAUCAAGUAUCAGAUUUCCACUGGAGCUUCCCACGCUGCCAGCCAGAAGCCUGAAGACGCCGUCAACGAUCCCAAAGCCGAGUGUAGCAGCUGCGUAGAGAAAGAAAACGGCACAAUUCCAAGACAGCAAAUGAGCUGUGACAGAGAGCAACUACGACUUGUCUGGUUGGGUCACAGGGAUCCAGAGACUUUUUUGGCAGCAGCUCCUGUAAGACUGGAAUCAUGGGACGCUAGACACUGGCAGGGUAAUCAGGACGCUACAGCACCUCCUGAAACCAUGGCACAGCCUUAUGCUUCAGCCCAGUUUGCACCCCCUCAGAAUGGCAUUCCAGCUGAAUAUACAGCACCCCACCCUCAUCCAGCACCGGACUAUACGGGGCAGACUACAGUUCCUGAGCACACAUUAAACAUGUACCCACCCACCCAGACGCACACUGAACAGAGUGGCCCUGACACAAAUGCACAGACCGUCUCUGGCACAGCCACAACAGAUGAUGCAGCACAGACCGAUGGCCAGCAACAGACGCAACCCUCCGAAAACACGGAAAACAAGACGCAACCCAAAAGACUCCACGUCUCAAAUAUUCCCUUCAGAUUUCGGGAUCCAGACCUAAGGCAAAUGUUUGGUCAAUUUGGUAAAAUCUUAGAUGUUGAAAUUAUAUUUAAUGAGCGAGGAUCAAAGGGAUUUGGUUUCGUAACUUUCGAAAAUAGUGCUGAUGCGGACAGGGCGAGGGAGAAAUUACACGGCACGGUGGUAGAAGGCCGUAAAAUAGAGGUUAACAAUGCCACAGCACGAGUCAUGACAAAUAAAAAGACUGUCAACCCCUAUGCAAAUGGGCACCUCCAUCCAUUGGAUGAGAGAUUUCUCAGAGUUGGAGGAAAUCCCUUCACAAGCUGGAAGUUAAAUCCAGUGGUGGGUGCAGUAUACAGUCCUGAAUUCUAUGCAGUACCUGGCUUCCCAUAUCCAGCUGCAACUGCAGCAGCUGCAUACAGAGGAGCACAUCUAAGAGGUCGGGGGCGCACCGUCUACAACACGUUCCGUGCUGCCGCACCCCCUCCCCCAAUCCCAGCCUAUGGCGGUGUUGUAUACCAGGAUGGAUUUUAUGGUGCAGACAUUUAUGGUGGUUAUGCUGCAUACCGGUAUGCCCAACCUGCCACUGCAACUGCAGCUGCCUACAGUGACAGAAAUCAAUUCGUCUUCGUUGCAGCAGAUGAAAUUUCUUGUAACACCUCUUCAGUUACGGACGAGUUUAUGCUGCAGACCCCUACCACCACGCACUUGCUCCAGCAGCCACCUACAGCGUUGGUGCCGUGGCUAGUAUAUACAGAGGGGGAUACAGCCGUUUUGCUCCAUACUAAAUGACAAAAACCAUAUAAAAACCUUCCUGUGGGGACAAAAAGAGAAGCUUUCCGAGGCCUGGGUAUUGCAAUACAUGCAGUAGUGCAUCAUUUUAGCAUCUCUAAAGAGAGAGGAAAAAAAAAAUGACAUUUUUUAUCUUAUACCUCAGAUAUUUUGUUCUGUGUAUUUUAAUAUUGUGGGUCUUUAAUUUCUAAAGGUUAUAUAGAUUGUUGGCUGUAGAAAUUUAUGUGGUGAUCUAGAAAGCUGCUAGAUAAAAAAAAAGAAAUAAAUAAAUAAGUAACUGUUAGGGCCACAAUCAAGAGCGCUUUAUCAUGUAAAUUAAUUAUAUAUGAUAAAUAUUAAGCUAUUUGGGGUUAUCACAUGUUUUGUAAGAGUGUAAGUGACUAUAGUAGUCAUGUUGUUUUCUGCAUUUUUACAUUGCCUUUGUUUUAUUUAAAAAAUAAAAAACUGGGGGUGGGGGUGGGCAGUCCAUGGCUAGGAGUUGGGGUGGGCAAAAUAUAAGUGGGUGUGUGUGUGUUAAUCCCAGAGAGUGAAAUAAAUAAAGCAACGAAGGGGCACCACUGUCUAUACUGACUAUAUCAGCUGUCUUAAAAUCAUUCACUGUUCAAAGCCAAAGGUUAUGUUACUGAGGUGUUCUCUGACACUUGUACAUAUGAAUUUUUGUAGAAGCUGUCUAACAACACCCAAGAGAUGUUUCACCAACGCAGUAUUUAACUGUUUAACCAUUAUCUAGUUCUUUAAUCAAAUCCUUACUACUUUAGGCCAUUACAAAUGCAUUCUUUUUAUAUUACUUCCAGUAUAUAAAUUAUUAAUAUCAUUGCUGACUUUUGUAUUAUGGGAGGGAAGAAAUUACAUUAAUAAAUAAGGUGAUAAAAGCACUGUUUCUAUUUUUCUUUUUGUUUUUCAGAAGGAAAGUAAUAAAACUAGAAUUCUUUGUACCAGUUAAAAAAAAAACAACAACAACAAUGUAUAAAAUUUGAAAUGUGCAGUGGCAAAACGUUCUGUUAUAGAAAAUACACAACUGAUGUUUUAGAUUUAGUCUAGUAGACCAACUGUUAGCAAAAAGGUGUAUCAUUUUUAUGGAAAUACAUGAUAAUCAUAUUCAAAUUUAUAUAAACAUUUUACAAGUAUUGCAAUCAUUAUGUAGAGAUAAUCAUGGUAUUUUUGUCAGCUUGGUACUUUUUAGACAUGACUGUGCUGCAUACACAACCUGCAAUUUUUCUUCUCUUUACAGCUUGUUAUACGUAUCUCUCUCUAAAUAAUAUAUAUAUAUAUAUUUUUGUUUUCAUUUUUUAAAAGAAAAACAAGGCCUAUAAAUAUUUUGGACUAUGUAGUUUGGUAAACAAUAUCCAGAAGUACCAAUAAUAUAAUUCUGUCUAUCUGCAUCACAAAAUGUCCAGACCGCAGCCUUGAAAAAUUGCAGCUUGUCUUUGCAAAAGCUAAGACUCUGUUCAUGUUGUCCUGUUUACAAGUAAACCUAAGUUGAGGUGUUUGUCACAGGUCUCCUUUUUUUGUAUUUAUUAAAAGAAAAGAGAAGAGAGCAAGCGGCUGAAAGCUGUCUUGCUACAGAUCUUAGUUAUAUCCUCAUGUGUACUGUGUGCAUCUCAUAGCACACAUCAGUAAAAUAUCUUACCCACCGCUGUGAUUCUACUAUUAAAGAAAAAAAAAAA